AUGGAUCUACUAAAGGAAUAUGACUGUUUGACAUACUCUUCUGUCAGCUCUACACUUGAUCCUACCAUCAAAUUGAGAAAUGAAGAUGGAGCCUUAUUACCAGACCUAGGGUAUUACAGGAAACUAGUUGAGAAACUAAACUUUCUGAAAAAUACUAGAUUGGACAUAGCCUAUAGUGUUCAACAUUUAAGCCAGUCCAUGCAGGCACCAAGAGAACCUCAUCUAAAGGCUGCUAUACAUGUACUUAGAUACUUGAAGAAAGAUCCUACUUUGGGAAUUUUUCUAUCCAAUGAUCCUAACUACACUGUCAGUGCAUAUUUUGAUUCGGACUGGGCUGCUUGCCCUGACUCAAGAAAGUAUGUGAGUGGGUAUAUUGUGCUACUUGAAGACAGCCCUAUCAGUUGGAAGUCAAAGAAACAAACUAUUGUUUCAUUGUCUUCUGCAGAAGCAGAAUAUAGGUCAGUCAAGAAGGUUGUUGGUGAAUUAGUAUGGGGAAAAGGUUGCUAG